AUGGGAAAAGGGGAAGAAUACUCAUCUCCUCAAAUACCAUCUAGCUCAAAUCCCCCAACCGCUGAUAUACCAUCAAGUAACCGGUACUUUGUAGAUUACACCAGUCCCGAUUACUACGGACCACUUCCUGCGUGGGCAAUGCCUUUUCCGCCAUAUCCUGAUGGCGGGCAAGAUCCAAGAAACAUUCAAGUGAAUGUUAGUGACCCGACUCCUCUCAUGACUACAUAUUCCGCCACGAGUGAAAGAGUUGAUAUAGAGGAACCACCUAAAUGUAGAGAAACUGAUAUUCCAUGUACCUCUGAAAGAGUUGAAGAAAGCAAAGAAGAUAGACUAAAUUCAGAAGAAACUGAGGAUGGGAUUGCCGGGACACCACAUUUGUCGGAAGAAGUUGGUGGUGAUCCGAUUCAAGAGCCAAGUUCGAGAAUGGAGUUUAAUACUUUUGAAGAAUUAAUGGUCUAUUAUAAGCAGUAUGGUAAGAAAAGCGGGUUUGGGGUAAUGAUAAGAAGGACUGAUAAAGGAGAUGAUGGAACUGUCCGAUAUGUCACUCUUGGUUGUGCCCGUGGUGGGAAGGCUCGGAAUAGGACAUUGAAUGUCGCUAGACCACGUCCAACAGGAAAGACAGAAUGUAAGGCAAAAAUUAAUGCCUUAAAAGUUGAUGGAAAUUUCCGGUUGACAACAGUGAAUAAUACCCAUAACCAUGACCUUAGUCCAAAUAAGGCUCGCUUCUUUCGAUGUAAUAGAGAAGUGAGUGACUCUGUAAAAAGAGUCCUAGAUAUAAACGACAUGGCUGGUAUUCGAAUGAAUAAGAGUUUCGGAUCUCUCGUCGUUGGCCCUGGUGGAUUCGAGAACCUCUCAUUUUUAGAAAAGGAUUGUCGUAAUUAUAUCGACAAGGCAAGACAUCUAAGGCUUGGUAAAGGUGGUGCAGGAGCGCUUCAAGAGUAUUUUUGUAGAAUGCAGUACAAAAAUCCUGGUUUCUUUGCACUGAUGGAUUUGGAUGAUGAGGGGAGGUUAAGGAAUGUCUUCUGGGCAGACCCUCGUAGUAGGGCAGCCUACCAAUACUUCGGUGAUGUGGUGACAUUCGACACUACAUACCUGACGAAUAGGUAUGGGAUGCCCUUUGCACCAUUUGUUGGUGUAAACCACCAUGGGCAAUCAAUUCUGUUGGGAGCAGGGUUGAUUUCCAGUGAGGAUACAGAGACUUUUGUCUGGUUAUUCCAGACGUGGUUGAAGUGUAUGGAUGGUAUCGCUCCAAAAGCUAUUAUCACUGAUCAAGACAGAGCGAUGAAAAAUGCAAUAGCUAUUGUUUUUCCUGAAAGCCGACAUCGACUUUGUUUGUGGCAUAUACUGAAAAAAGUGCCCGAGAAGCUGUCCUCCUAUGCUUCGUACAAAAGUGGGAUGAAGAAUGCAUUGAUGAAAUGUGUGUAUGACACGCAUACUAUUGACGAGUUUGAGAAAUCUUGGGAUGAGUUAAUCGAUACUUACCACUUGCAUGAUAAUGUCUGGCUGAAAAGUUUAUACACUGAGCGUGAGUAUUGGGUGCCGGCUUUCUUGAAAGACUGUUUUUGGGCUGGGAUGAGUACAACGCAGCGCAGUGAGAGCAUGAAUGCUUUUUUCGAUGGUUACGUUCAUGCUAAGACAAACUUGAAAGAGUUUGUCGAUCAGUUUGAUAGUGCGUUGAAAAAAAAAAUUGAGAGUAAAAAUAACGCGGACUUCCACUCAUUUAGCGUUACCAUUCCUUGCAUAUCUAGAUCUCCUAUCGAAAAGAGAUUUCAAGAGUUGUACACAAAUGCUAAAUUUAGGGAAGUUCAGAUGCAACUUACCGGCAUUAUCGAUUUGGAUCCAGAGUUACUUAAGAGGGAUGGUGCAGUAAAGACCUAUCUGGUAGAGGACGAAGUUCGUGUGGAAGAGUUCAGUAAGUUGGUUACGUUUUCUGUGGACUUCAAUGAGGAAGAUGCAGAUGUUAAGUGUUCAUGUGGUUUAUUUCAGAUGAGGGGUAUACUAUGUCGGCACAUUCUCGCUGUAUUUAAGUGUAACGGGAGAAAAUCCCUGCCAGAGAAGUACAUUUUAGACCGAUGGAGGAAGGAUAUCAAAAGGAGAUACACGUUAAUCGAUAGCAGCUAUGAUGUAGGGGAUCAGCGGCCAGAUGCUUGCAGAUAUUCUAGAUGCGACACAUAA